UUACAUCCCUGAAUGUAAUCUACGCCAUAAUGUUAGUGGAUAAACAUUUGUUCGUUAUUCUUAUCUGAACUCUUUGCCCCCUUGCCCCCUUGCCCUGCCCGGGGCAUUUGGUUUGGGGGAAUGUUGCUGCUACUCGGUGCAGUGUGUCUAUGCCUUCCCUGGGCAUGUUCUGAGACACACUCACUGCAAUAUUACUACACCUCGAUGAUCGGGAGUGUGGACCUUCCUGAGUUUGUGCACAUCGGAGUGUUGGAUGGCGUUCAGAUAACCUACUUUGACAGCAAAACCGAGGAGGACAUUGCACGCCAGCCAUGGAUGGAGAGAGCCCUGGGAAGUGACUACUGGGACAAGGAGACCCAGAGAUUGAUCAAUCGACACAAGUUGUACAUGGCCAAUGUCCAGAUCGCAAUGCAACGAUCUAACCGCAGCAAGAUGGGGGUGAACUACCUGCAGUAUACGUCGGGCUGCAGCGUCACGGGCAACGGGAUAGUGAGUGGCGUGCGCCAGUACGCCUUCAACGGCCAGGACCUGAUCAGUUUCGACUUUGAGCAGUCCAUCUGGGUGACCGCCUCGCCCUUGGCCUUGAGCACGCGGGACAAGUGGAACAGCGACACAGCCAACAACAUCUACAAGAAGCAUUACACCCAGACGAUCUGCGUGGAAUGGUUGCAGAAAUACCUCAAGUACGGGCACUCCAUGCUGUCUCGCAAAGCUGUUCCAGAUGUGUGGGUCUACUCCAGGAGGUCUCCCGAUGGUCAGAAACGGGUUCUCCACUGCCUGGCCACUGGCUUUUUCCCGCAGACCAUCAACAUGAGUUGGUUCAGGGAUGGGCGGCCUGUCCCCGCCAACGAAAACUCUGGCGUUCUACCCAACCACGACGGCACCUAUCAGAUGAGGGUAACUCUGCUGACGGAGCCUGCAGAGAGACGGGAGCACAUCUGCCGCGUGUGGCACAGCAGCAGGCCCGAAGGAAUGGUCGUUGUCUGGGACCAAGGUGGCCGUGUUCCCAUAUGGCUAGUGAUCCCGGCUAUCCUGCUGCUUCUGUGCACACUGGGGGUUGUUUUCUACUUGUGGAAGAAUGGUUCGGGAGUGGUGAAAGGCUGCUGCUCUUUUGACAAGGGAUCCAGUGAGAUUAACUCUUCCUCAUCAGGUUCCACCAGCAGUCAGUCUUUGCAGAAGGAUGUAACAGCAGGAGGAGUUGACAGGAACGAGAAAGAGAAAAUGCUUCCCAAGUCCGACUCCCCAAUCAUGAGGUCUGACUGCCCAGUCUGAAGAAGGGUCUCGACCCCGAAACGUCACCCAUUCCUUCUCUCCAGAGAUGCUGCCUGCCCCGCUGAGUUACUCCAGCAUUUUGUGUCUAUCCCCAAUCAUGGACCCUGUUCGAGUGGACAAGAUACAAGAUACAAGAUACAAUUUAAUUGUCAUUUGGACCCCUUGAGGUCCAAACGAAAUGCCGUUUCUGCAGCCAUACAUUACAUUACAACAAAUAGACCCAAGACACAACAUAAUUUACAUAAACAUCCAUCACAUCGCUGUGAUGGAAGGCCAAAAAAACCUAUCUCUCUCCACUGCACUCCCCCCCGCCCCCCCCCCAUCUCAGAGUCAAAGUCAAUGCCCCCGGUUGGCGAUGGCGAUUGUCCCGCGGCCAUUAAAGCCACGCCGGGUGGUGCGAGGUCGCACACCGGGUCUUGGUGUUAGAGCCCCCGGCGUGCGCUCGCAGAGUCCCGCAGCCAUUCCAAGCCGCGCGGGGCGGUGCUGUCAGGCCCCGCUCCAGGAGCUCUUCAACCCCGCAACUCGGGCGGGGGAAGUCGUCGUUGCGAGAGCCCUGAAACGCGGUCUCCCUCCAGGGACCCGCGGGCUCCCGGUGCCGCCGUCCACCAGACCUGCAGUUGAAGCCUCCGAAUCUCCGGAGGUCGGGCCGCAGCAGCAGCAGCAGCAGCGCUCCACCACCGCUCCACCCGCUCCGGACUCGGCCAGCUCCGCGACGGUGAGGUGAGUCGUCGGCACCAGAGCCCCCGGUCUCUUCCUGUUGGAGGCCGCUCCUCGUUGCAGCCCCAACGAUAACGGAGACAGACAAGAAAAGGUCGGGUCUCCCGUGCAGGGAGAGAUUUAAACGUUUCCCCCUCCCUCCCACACACACGUCCCAACAAAAAAUAACAAAAACUACAUAGAAACAUAGACAGAAAAUAAUAAAAACGCGGACGGGCUGCAGAGGCCGCUGCUGACGAGAGUCGCGCCGCCUACCGGACUGGUGCCCUCUUAUUGGAAAGGAUGUUUCUUUAGACUCUAGAGAUACAGUGUGGAAACAGACCCCUCAGCCCACUGAGUCCGCACCAACCAGCGAUCACCCUGAACACUAGCACGAUCCUAAGUAAGUAAGUAAGUUCAUUGGCCAAGUAUUCACAUACAAGGAAUUUGUCUUGGUGCUCUGCCCACGUAACAACAUGACACAGUGACAGUUACGAAUGACUCAGAAAACAUGAAACAUUAAUAAUAAUAAAACAUGAAUGAUAAAACACCAUUGAUCAAGCAUGUGAACCAACAAAAUACCUGAUUAAAGGGAGGCUACAGAUUUUUGGCUGUUGAGUAGAGCAACUACUCGUGGAUAAAAAUUGUUUUUAUGUCUGGCUGUGGCAGCUUUGACAGUCCGGAGUUGCCUUCCAGUGGGAAGUGAUUCAAAGAGUUUGUGCUACGCACUAGGGGCAAUUUAUAAUUUCGACUGAAGCCAUUUAACCUACAAGUCCGCACAUCUUUGGAGAAUGGGAGGAAUUUGGAGCUCCCUAAGAAAAUGCGCACAGUCCCAGUGAGAACGUGCAAACUCCGUACAGAGAGCACUCCGAAAUAAAAACGUGGGACCACUCAGCAGGUCAGGCAGCAUCCAUGGAUGUUGUAGAUAGAUAGCCCCCGAAACAUAUAGUAGACCAGUGAUCACUGCUGCGCUGUGGACUGCAAGCUUUGUGCCAGGCCUGAGGUUUUCACCAGAUCAUGGGUCAUUGGAGCAGAAUUAGGCCAUUGAGUCCAUCGAGUCUGCUCUGCCAUACAUCUCCAUUCUAAUGGCAUGGCCUUUAAUUCUGAGGCUGUGCCCUCUGGUCCUAGAAUCUUCUCCACAAUCACUCUGUCCAGGCCUUUUGACCUGAGAUAUCACAUUUACGUUUCAUAUCUCUAAGUUUCCCUCCCUCCUGACUCUCGGUCUCAAGAAGAGUAUGGGCAAAAGCAUCAGCUAUUCCUUUCCCCCAGAGACGCUGCCUGACCAGCUGAGUAACUCCAGCAUUAGUGAUGAAUGUUUUUUCUCAGUUCCCCAACACAGUUAAAUACCGAUUUGACCACUAUCUAAUUAUUUGGAAAUCUUGGUAGUUCGAUGCGAGGCAGAUGCUGACUCCCACCAUCCCUCUCACACACUGGAGCCCAGUUCUACUGAUCCUUUAAAACGCUGGGGUCUGCUAAACAUAGAAACAUAGAAAUUAGGUGCAGGAGUAGGCCAUUCGGCCCUUCGAGCCUGCACCGCCAUUCAAUAUCAUGGCUGAUCAUCCAACUCAGUAUCCCGUACCUGCCUUCUCUCCAUACCCCCUGAUCCCCUUAGCCACAAGGGCCACAUCUAACUCCCUCUUAAAUAUAGCCAAUGAACUGGCCUCAACUACCCUCUGUGGCAGAGAGUUCCAGAGAUUCACCACUCUCUGUGUGAAAAAAAGUUCUUCUCAUCUCGGUUUUAAAGGAUUUCCCCUUUAUCCUUAAGCUGUGACCCCUUGUCCUGGACUUCCCUAACAUCGGGAACAAUCUUCCUGCAUCUAGCCUGUCCAACCCCUUAAGAAUUUUGUAAGUUUCUAUAAGAUCCCCUCUCAAUCUUCUAAAUUCUAGAGAGUAUAAACCAAGUCUAUCCAGUCUUUGUUACCCACGCUCCUGUUAAACUCACCUGUGUCCUGUUGGCUUUUAAAGAUUAUCUAUUUUUGCUGUGAAAUGUAUCAUACAUUGAAUAAUAUCUUCAAUACAAAUAUAUUAAAUGGAUGUCAAAAUACUAUUUUCUAUUGUCCAAUGGGUAAUAAAAAUAAACUAUAAUACAAAUCGAUUAAAAGGACAUCAGAAUAUUAUUUGCUUCUCAUCUUCAGUUUCGAAGAGUGAUCUGGUUAGCGUACAGAGAAGAUUUACGAGGAUGUUGCCAGGACUUGUGUGUCUGGGCUAUCGGGUAGAGGUUGAGCAGGCUGGGACUCAAUUCCUUGGAGAGCAGGUGGAUGAAGGGAUAUGGGUGUAUAAAAUCAUGAGAGGAAUAGAUCGGGUAGAUGCACCGAGUCUCGUGCCCAGAGUCGGGGAAUCGAGGUCCAGAGGAUAUUGGUUUGAGGUGAACAGAGGAAUAGGAAUCUGAUGGGUAACUUUUCCCACACAAAGGGUGGUGGGAGUAUGGAAUGAGGUGCCAGAGGAGGUAGUUGAUGCAGGGACUAUCCCAACAUUUAAGAAACAGUUAGACUGGUAACCAUAUAACCAU